GAGUGAAUAUUUGGCCCACUGUAAGCUACGGUAACACGCACGUCAUGCGACUAAUAACUCCUAAUGUGGGAAGAGUUAUUGCACAAUGAAUAGCUGGUGUGCCUGAACACAACAAUCCAUAUAUUGCAAACAGCCGCAAUGGAAAAACCUGCUCAAAAUGCGUAUUGUAAUUGACACCGUCGGUGUGUACUCUCCAAGUCAUUCACUUCAGCCGUGUUUGGGACAGUCGGAGCUGUAUCUCCCUCGCUCUAGGCGUUUUACACGCGAGGACCAACUCCCUUUCACUGGAACUGGUGGUUUGAGGGGAUUCUUAUCACUACACCAUUCUCGGAAAUUAUAGUAAACCUAGGAUAUCCUCUCGGGCAAUCAUAUACAACAGUUACAAGGGAGAGUGAGGACUGGAUGAAAACAAACGCGCUCCGCUAUUUUGAGAGCUAUUUUGGGUCACCGCAUUGCUUUUGCUCCGAAGACAGCCGCGGAACAGAAACGGAACGGCAGCCCGUUACGUUGGAACCGCUGUGCAUCGGACACCACGUUCGGCGCUUUAAUGGGCACUUUUGUCUAUCUUUUCCGUGGCGUAGAGUUUUGCCAAGACAUUACCAAGCGAGUAACAACAAAGGAAGAUGUCAUUUUCUAAUGUGUGGGAAUAGACAUGGAAGAGCAACUGCUUCAAGCGCAGGUGGAUAGAGAGGUGCUACAUUGUCUCACGCGAAGCUAACAAAGAAAAGACCGGCAAUAUCAAGAAGCUACAGUACAAUAUUGAAGUAUAAGUAUUGUUUUUUAACAGCAUGUGAAACUUCCAGAAUGAACUGGACUUGAAUUGAAUUUCAGCAAUAUUGUAAUGCUUGUCAAUUCAAAAUUUGAUUGAUUUAUGGUUCGGUGGGUUAUUUUUAUUCCCCUUUGUGCUAAAACUGUUUUGUAAUUUUAAAAGCAUUUUUCUUUUGAGUUUGAUUUUCCAUCGACCGUAAACAUGCCCGGAGCUCUCUCCUCCUCCCAAGCCGUGUACAUCGGAAUGGAGGUGGUGAUUGCCAUGUCUUCUGUCAUCGGAAACGUGAUGGUGGUAUGGGCUGUAAAAAUUAACAAGUCGUUGAGAGACACCACGUUCUGUUUCAUCGUCUCGCUAGCCCUGGCUGACAUUGCGGUGGGGGCUUUGGUCAUACCGCUGGCCAUUACCAUCAGUAUCGGACUCCAAACUCACUUCUACAGCUGCCUCAUGGUAGCGUGCACGGUGCUAGUCCUGACGCAAAGUUCCAUCCUCGCCCUCCUGGCUAUCGCGAUUGACCGCUAUUUAAGAGUGAAGAUCCCGACCAGCUACAAGCGGGUGGUGACCACUCGGCGUGCCGGCGCGGCGGUGGUGGUGUGCUGGACGGUGGCCUUCCUGGUGGGCCUGACGCCCAUGCUGGGCUGGAACAACCUGCACAACCUGCGUCACCGCAGCAACGGUUCCCUUAGCGACGACCUCGUCAUCACCUGCCAGUUCGAGAACGUCAUCAGCAUGGAGUACAUGGUCUACUUCAACUUCUUCGGCUGGGUGCUGCCGCCGCUGGUCCUGAUGCUGGUGAUCUACACCGAGAUCUUCUGCAUGAUCCACAAGCACCUCAACAAGAAGGUCACCACCAGCCACAACGACCCCCACAAGUACUACGACAAGGAGCUGAAGCUGGCCAAGUCCCUGGCGCUGGUGCUCUUCCUGUUCGCCGUCAGCUGGCUGCCGCUGCACAUCGUGAACUGCGUCACGCUCUUCUGCCCCGAGUGCCACAAGCCCAUGUUCCUCAUCUACAUCGCCAUCCUGCUGACGCACGGCAACUCCGCCGUCAACCCCAUCGUCUACGCCUUCCGCAUCAAGAAGUUCCGCACCGCCUUCCUCAAAAUCUGGAAGCAGUACCUCUGCUGCAAGGAGGUCCCGUCACUGGAGACUCAGCACAGCGAGAGGCUGAACAACCACAACACCCCUCCGCUGGCUCCACUGGCACCACCAGCGACACAGCCCGCCCCGACACAGCCCGCCCCGACACAGACUGACCUGACCCAGCCUGACCCGACACAGACUGACCUGACCCAGCCUGACCCGACACAGCCCGACCCGACACAGCCCGACCCGACACAGACUGACCUGACCCAGCCUGACCCGGCGCCUCAGACCAGUCCGGCGCCAGGACAGCCUCUGGAACAGAACAAUGUCCGGUAUCAAAGCCUCCAGUCAGACGGACAACAGUGAGUCAGUGCCAUGAAUAUAAACACACACACUUGCACGCACACACACAUGAUACACACACACACACACACACACUCACAUACAC